AGAGCAAACAAAGCCACAAUAUUUUUCAGGUUGUAUGUAAAGGCUGUUUUCACGGGAUAUAAACGUUCGCAAAGGAAUCAGAGAGAACAUACAGCUUUGCUUAAAUUAGAUGGAGUUUUUAAUAAAAAAGAUGCUCAGUGGUAUGUUGGCAAGCGAGCUCUAUAUGUUUAUAAAGCACAUAAUAAAAAGAAAGUCCCAGGGAGAACUCCAACCAGAGUUAGAGGUAUCUGGGGAAAAAUUAUAAGAGUCCAUGGAAAUGGAGGAGCUGUCCGUGCAAAAUUCCGUCAUAAUUUACCUCCUAAAGCAAUGGGCAAUCGUGUCAGAGUGAUGUUGUAUCCCUCAAAUAUUUGA